UCAGGCUUUCUCUUUUGCCAUCACACUGCCCGGGCUGCCCUUGGCCGCUGCCGAAAGAAUAUCACCCUUGAAACUUACUGGCAAUCCUUUGGACAGACCAUCUUGCUUCAUUUUUGCAACUGCACCAGUAACAUCAGAGAACAUGCAAAGAAUAGAAGACCUAAAGUAUAUGUCAGGAUUUGGUAAUGAGUUCAGCUCUGAAGAUCCACGUUGUCCUGGAGCAUUGCCAAAAGGACAGAAUAACCCUCAGAGCUGUCCAUAUGGUCUUUAUGCUGAGCAGCUGUCAGGCUCAGCAUUCACCUGCCCACGAUCUACAAACAGGAGAAGCUGGCUGUACAGAAUCCUGCCUUCUGUUUGCCAUAAGCCCUUCCAGCCGAUGGAUCAGGGUUAUCUGACACAUAACUGGAAUGAAACCGCUCCGGAUCCCAAUCAGCUGCGAUGGAAACCUUUUGAAAUCCCAACAACUUCUCAGAGAAAGACGGACUUCAUAACUGGGCUGCAUACGCUGUGUGGUGCUGGGGAGCCCAGGUCUCGGAACGGACUCGCCAUCCAUAUCUUCACCUGCAACACCUCUAUGAUCAACAGAUGCUUUUCCAAUUCUGAUGGGGAUUUCCUGAUUGUACCGCAGCAAGGAAGCUUGCUCAUCACUACAGAGUUUGGCAAGUUGCUGGUUGAGCCUGGUGAGAUCUGUGUCAUUCAGGAAGGGAUGCGUUUUAGUGUGGAAGUGUUUGGAGAAACCCGGGGCUAUAUCCUGGAAGUAUAUGGCAUACAUUUUGAGCUACCUGACCUAGGACCUAUUGGAGCCAAUGGCUUGGCUAAUCCACGAGAUUUCCUUGUGCCAGUUGCUUGGUAUGAAGAUCGCCAAGUAGCUGAGGGUUACACCGUUGUCAGCAAAUACCAGGGGAAACUUUUUGCAGCACAACAGAGCUGCUCUCCAUUCAAUGUUGUGGCCUGGCAUGGGAACUACACACCAUACAAGUACAAGCUCAGCAAUUUCAUGGUCAUAAAUACUGUGUCUUUUGACCAUGCGGAUCCUUCUAUCUUCACCGUCUUGACUGGAAAGUCAACUCAACCUGGAGUGGCAGUUGCUGAUUUUGUUAUAUUCCCUCCUCGCUGGGCAGUGGCCAACAACACUUUCCGUCCACCUUAUUACCACAGGAAUUGCAUGAGUGAGUUUAUGGGUCUGAUCAAAGGAACAUAUGAAGCAAAGGAGCAAGGAUUUCUACCUGGAGGAGCAACUUUGCACAGCAUGAUGACACCCCAUGGGCCAGAUGCUGAAUGUUUUGAGAAAUCAAGCACUAGCAAAUUGGAGCCCGAGAGAGUUGCAGAGGGAACUAUGGCCUUCAUGUUCGAGUCUUCUUUAAGCCUGGCUGUCACCAAAUGGGGCCUGCAAAGCUGCCUAGAUAAGGACUACUACAAAUGUUGGGAACCCUUGAAGAGCCAUUUUAAUGCCAAACAGAAGUGAAGAACCCACAUGUGUGUGUACUCAGAUUUUCCUUGCCUGUGUAACUAAGAUGUUAAGGAAAUAAUGUCCCAGUUCAUCUUACAUGCAGCAGCUCACAAACAGCUGACAGGAUGGCUGGUGAAUAACGUAAAUAAAAAAUAAACCCAUUAAUCUUGAUUGCUCAAGUGAAGCUUUAUAUGUGAUGAGACUAGAAAAGCCUGGAAGCCUCCCAUCACCAUUAUACCCAAUAUGACAAGAUAAUGUAUCUUGACAUGUGUUGAAGACUAAAUAAAGAAAUAUACAACU